CCUCGUGAGUAUGUAUAGUGUUCUGUGACCGCAUCGUGAUGAAAAUAUUAUGAAAAUUAUCUAUUUUGUACAAGUUGUUGCUAGUUAAUAAUGUUUCGGAAUAAUUUGAGACUGUACAUUAUAUCGGGAAAGAAUGAUUUCCAGAGAUGUAAACACACGACAAAAUUGGAUCAGAUAAGGGAAAAACUGAAAGCUGGGCCAAGUUUAGCAGAUUUUGUAUCCGAAGACAGUCCCAAGACCUGGGAUCAAUAUGAGGGCAAGCUGAAGAGGGAAAAAGGAGAAAGAGAGAGACUGAGGCUACCACCUUGGCUGAAGACUACUAUACCUACCGGUUCUAAAUUUAAUGAAAUAAAACAGCAGUUACGAAGCCUGAAACUCAGCACUGUGUGUGAAGAGGCUCGCUGUCCCAACAUCGGGGAGUGCUGGAGUGGUGGGAAACAUGGCACCAGCACUGCUACUAUCAUGUUAAUGGGCGACACAUGCACGCGCGGCUGCAUGUUCUGUUCAGUAAAGACGUCACGCCACCCGCCGCCGUUGGACCCUGACGAACCACGGAAUACCGCGCACGCCAUCCACCAGUGGGGUCUUGGGUACAUCGUGCUCACCUCUGUCGAUCGAGAUGACUUACCAGACGGCGGUGCCUCACACUUCGCCGAGACUGUCAGAGAAAUAAAGAAGCAAAGCACAGAGAUCCUCGUGGAAUGCCUGGUGCCCGACUUCCGCGGCAACCGCGACAGCAUCGCGGCCAUCGCGAACAGCGGCCUCGACGUGUUCGCACAUAACAUCGAAACCGUCGAGCGACUCACGCCGUUCGUCAGAGACCCCAGAGCUGGAUAUCGUCAAACGUUGAAGGUGCUAGAAACAGCCAAAGAAAUAAACCCUGAUUUAGUCACCAAGUCUUCCAUCAUGUUGGGCUUGGGAGAAUCUGAUGAACAAGUGGAGCAAACUAUGAAAGACCUCCGCUCCGCCGGCGUGGACUGCGUGACCCUCGGCCAAUACAUGCAGCCCACGAAGAAGCACCUCAAGGUGUUCGAGUACGUGACUCCGGCCAAGUUCGCCCAGUGGGAGCAGCGCGGGCAAGAACUGGGCUUCUUGUACACCGCUAGCGGACCUCUCGUCAGGUCUUCUUAUAGAGCUGGGGAAUUCUUUAUCACUAGUCUGCUGAAGGAUCGAAAGGCGAAGAGUUUGUGACCUGAUGAUAGCUAGAGCUGAUUUCGAAGUUUAGUAUUCAGUUACUUUUAAGAGUCGACACUACCUUAGCUCCAAUUUCAAUUUUGCCCGUACUAAUACGAUUCAUUUUGCUUGGGGGACACUGGCUUUAUUGCAGAAUUUAUUUGUUUACA